AUGGCCGACCGUUUCCCCUCUCUGGAGGAUUUCUCUGCGGGUCAAACCGAAGUUGUUGACACCAACGGCGGCGCCGACGAGAAUGACUUCCUAGCCCGCGAGCGGGCGAUGCUGGGCGACGAUGCCGAACAGUUCGCUACCUCGCAGGACCACGUUGCCGAGAAUGACGAUGACGAUUUGCUGGGCGGUGCGGAGGCUGCUCCGACUGGCAGCCCUUCUCACGAGGAGAUGUCAGGGUUCGAAUCGUCGUUCCCUGCUCUUGAGACACAGAACGAGCAAGUUGCACCUGGCGGUACCAUCACUGGAACUGGUGCUCCCUUCCCGCCCACCGGCUACUCUAGCUACCAAGAACCUCAGGAGGAACCUGAACCCGUCAGGGAAUGGCGCGAGAAGCGUGAUGCGGAAAUCACCCGCCGUGCCGAGAUCUCGGAGGAGAAGAAGCAGUCGACCGUCCAGAAGGCCAGAGAAGACAUCGACGACUUUUACGUCUCUUACAACAACAAGACCGACAAGCUCCGUGCGCAGACGAAGGCCGAGGCCGAACAAUUCCUGUCCAACCGGGAGGACACCUCUUCUGGCGGCACCAGCUGGGAGCGCAUUGCGAAAUUGGUUGACAUUUCUGGAAAGGGGACCAAGGGCGGUGCCAGUGGAUCUGGCAAGGAGCGUUUCCGUGAACUGCUGCUCGAUUUGAAGAAAGACGAGAAGGCCCCCGGUGUCAGUGGGGUCUAG